AUGGAGGUCUCCGCGGCACCUUCAACUUUGCCCUCGACUCCAGUGGUCGCGGCUGAAGCAGAGUCGCGGCUGGAGCUGAACAAAAUACAGGUUAAAAAGGCAGUGAAAGCUCUGUUGGCACAUGUACAGUCAAGGAAAAAAGCCAAUGAAGUGCUUUUGAAUGAAAAGGAACCUUUCUUUUUAAUGGUGGUUUUAUGGAAGAUCCCAAAGAAGGAAUUGCGGGCCAGAUUGUCCUUGCCUCAUGCUAUCCGAUCCGACUUGUCAGAAAUCUGUUUAUUUACCAAGGACGAGCCCAAUUUAACUGCUGAGAAGACAGAACAUUUCUAUAGGGAUCUUUUGAACAAGCAUAAAAUUAAAACCAUUUCUCAGGUUAUCUCUCUCCAAACUUUGAAAAAGGAAUAUAAGCCCUAUGAAGCCAAACUUCGCCUGUUGGGUAGUUUUGACCUCUUCCUGACUGAUGCAAGAAUUAGGAGGCUUUUACCUUCAAUUAUUGGAAAGCAUUUCUAUCUCAGAAAGAAAGUUCCAGUAAGUGUAAACCUCCUGGCCAAGGAUUUAGCAAAAGAGAUCAAUAACUGCGUUGGUGGAACGGUCUUAAACAUCUCUAAAAGCGGUUCUUGCAGCACUAUCCGUGUUGGUCACACUGGAAUGAAGAUCCAGCAGGUUGUUGAGAAUGUCGUUGCUGUCGCAAAGGGCCUUUCAGAAAAAUUGCCAGAGAAGUGGGAAAGUGUGAAACUCUUAUACUUGAAAACGGAAAGAUCUGUUGCCCUUCCAAUCUUCUCUUCGUUUGUCAGCUCUUUGAAGGAGGAGAGAGUGCUCACUCCUGACCAGAAGAAAAAAAUGGACAAGCAAAAACUGAAAGAAAGGAUCCUGAAAAAGAAGGAGAAGAAAAGGAGGAAAAGAGAAAAGCAACAGGCAAAGGGAGAGACCAAGACCCCCGAGCCCCAGAAGGGAGAGACCACUGGAGAGAAAGAAGAGAGCCACAGUGUGAAAGCCCAGCUGAAAGCAGAGGAAUCUGAAGAAGAGAUCCCAUUGCUGGUGCCGAUUAAAAAAACACCUGCUAAGGGAAAAAAGGCAGAGCAAAAAGCUGCUGCAGUGCAGAAGUCUCCACAGAAGACUCCUGCUCCUAGCACCCCUCGUGGGAAGAAGAGAAAGGCCUCACCAGCUCCAGAGACCCCUAAACUUGCAGAGCCAGGGACCCCAGAGAAAAGCCCAGAGAAGAAGCCGAGAGUCAAAGAAGAGGCAGAGAAAGAGCGGAAUCCCGCCCUGGGGAAGAAAGACCCGAGACAAACUCCGAAAAAGCCCGAGCCCAAGUUCUUCGCCACUUCAAGCAAGUCCGCCCGGAAAAUGCCCCAGACCGCUAAACAACGGCCUAAAAAACCCAAAGCACCGCAGUCUACCUAA